UGGCCCGGACGUGGCACUCGGCAGUAGUCCUGUGUGGAAAUCAGAGUAACCGGAUCAGUGUAAAACUAUCACACGUCGCGCCUAUUGUGGCUAAUAUUAGUACUUCUUUCAUAGAUUGAAACAUCAGCGGCCAGUUAUGGGGCUCACCAUCUCGUCAAUCUUUGAACGGAUUUUUGGCAAAAAGCAAAUGAGGAUUUUGAUGGUUGGGCUGGAUGCUGCCGGAAAAACAACUAUCUUGUACAAAUUGAAGCUUGGUGAAAUUGUGACCACCAUCCCAACCAUUGGUUUCAAUGUGGAGACAGUAGAAUAUAAAAAUAUCAGCUUCACUGUAUGGGAUGUUGGUGGCCAGGACAAGAUCAGACCCCUCUGGAGACAUUACUUCCAGAACACACAGGGCCUCAUCUUUGUGGUGGACAGCAAUGACCGAGAAAGAGUGGCAGAGUCUGCAGAGGAGCUCACAAAGAUGUUGACGGAGGACGAGUUGAAAGACGCCGUUUUGCUGGUGUUUGCUAACAAACAGGACCUUCCCAAUGCCUUAACAGUCAGCGAACUCACAGACAAACUUGGCCUACACGCCCUCCGCAACAAAACUUGGCACAUUCAGUCAACCUGCGCCACCCAGGGCAGUGGGCUGUAUGAAGGACUUGACUGGCUAUCCAAAGAGUUGUCCAAGAACUGAAGAAGGAUCGGCUGGACAGAUGAGAGCGCGAGAGAGAGCGCCUGAACACCACAGGACAGGAGAGAAGGCACAGACAUUCAAUCCAGAAACAUUUGGUCUUCCAGCACCAAUGUUCACAAAAAGGACAAGGCUGGUGGACAAUAUAUAAUCAUCUUUGGGAAAUUUUAAUAUUACAUAUUUCUUUCUUUUAUUAUCAAUAAUAUUACCAUAUUAUCUCUUGGUAUAGUCUCUAUUGUUCUCCUUUUGUACCCAAACUCUUACAUGGCAACACUUUGUAAUUACACAUUCAGUUGCAUAAUGAGCAAAUGCCAUAUUAGAGAAAUGUCAUGGAAACAAUUAAUAAUGGGAGUUGUUCUUCAAUUUAACACCUUGGCUCCUGUGUAGGCAGCAUUUUCAGUAAUUGACCACUGGUAUAAAUUACUCACAACGUUUAGGCUGCCUCAGGCUGUUCAUCUCCACAACCCAUCGUGGAUAUUGGACUCCCUCGCAGACCUGACCCUUUGCUCUUCACUGCUAUGUCUCAUGCAAACUCAUUUCUGUAAAGGCCUGUAGCCCGUUGAAUGAGAUGAAUGAGGAUUGCAGCGAUUUCACAGAUAGAUCUUGUUAGUAGUGCGGAACCACAUGGCCUGCCAGUAAAUGGAUCCAAAAAUGAACCUUGUGCCUUCUGGUCCCUCUUAACACAAAUCGGAGUAAUCCUUUCCUUAUCUCAUUCUGAGGUCAUGCUCACUCAUAAGAUGCUUUUUGUGACUUUUUUUUUUUUUUGCUUCGGAAAGACAAAAUAAUGCAACUAGACAUUUAUUUUCUUCUGCAAAGUAUGCAGAGGUGCACCAGAACCACACCAGUGUGAGUGUAGAUUGCUUCUUUAAAACUUGACUUCACUAUUAACCAGGAUUUCAUCCUCUUUACUCCUCCAGCUUAUUUCGGUAACACUUUACUUGAAGUUUUCUACGUAAGAGUGACAUGACACUGUCAUGAGUACAUGACGCUCACAUGACACAUGAACCCUAACAUAACAUGUCAUGACAAAACCGAAUGACACUUACUAAAAAAAGUUAUGUCAUAAACGUUUAUGACUUGUUCAUAAUGUUUUAUGUUCAUGACAUGAAACAUGUCAUGUCACUCUUAUGUAGAAAACUUCAAGUAAAGUGUAACCCUUAUUUCUUAAUAGCCACCAUGAAAACAAGGAUUUAAUUAAAAUGUUUACUUCUUCUGUCACUCUAAGAGGACAUCUUUUUUUUGUUCUAAAAGGAGGAAGAAAGCCUUUUUUCAGUGUUGACACACGGCCAAUGUCAGUGUGACACAGUAAAGUAGCAUGUUUUUGUUGUUUGAGUUUGUUGUACUGUCUGAAAGCAAAUACUGUAUUAUAUUCUAAUUAUUCUACCCCUCUUGAAACACAAAAACAUACCUGCCCAUCAGUUUGUUUAUGUGUAUACAUUCCAACCUAUGCUUGCAGAUGCUGGAGCUGCCACUUUAAAAAUUAUUCGCAAAAAAUAUUUUACAAAAAAAGCUCUGAAUAAAGACGAUGUUAAAAACAAA